ACCAAUUCUCCACCCUAAACCCUUGCCAUAUAUAUAUAUAUCUUCCUCUCCAUCUUUCUUGGUCUGCACACCAACAGAAACCCUAGCCGCGGCCGGAGCUCAGAUUUGGUUGCAGCGUUCUGCAACACAGUAAUUCCGACAAGCAACCAUGGCGGAUGUCGAAACAGAGGUGGCGGCGGCGCAGCCGAAGAAAAGAACGUUCAAGAAGUUCAGCUUUAGGGGUGUUGACCUCGAUGCACUCCUCGAUAUGUCCACUGAUGAGCUCGUGAAGCUCUUCAAUGCUCGCGCCAGAAGAAGGUUUCAGAGAGGUUUGAAGAGGAAGCCGAUGGCUUUGAUCAAGAAGCUGCGCAAGGCGAAACGAGAAGCUCCACCAGGUGAGAAGCCCGCCCUAGUCAGAACCCAUCUACGCAACAUGAUCAUAGUUCCCGAGAUGAUUGGAAGUGUCCUCGGCGUGUACAACGGAAAGACCUUCAAUCCAGUUGAAAUCAAACCCGAAAUGAUCGGGCACUACUUAGCCGAGUUCUCCAUCUCAUACAAGCCCGUCAAGCACGGCCGACCUGGUAUUGGUGCUACACACUCUUCCAGGUUCAUUCCUCUCAAGUGAGAAUUCAUCUUUCGAACUCCCAAUUGUCCCGUUUCUCAAAUUAUCCUUACUUUAGUUUUAACGUCUUAUUCAAAUCAUGUGGAUUUUCAACUAUGUUUUGAGUUAUUUAUGAGAAGCUUCGCAUCCAUUUUUGUUGGUUUAA